AUGCAACCACGCUCGUUCUUUCUCGGAUGCCUCUCAGUCGUCGCACUUGGAUUGGCACAAGGUGCCAUCAAUGUAUUCGUCCAGACGCAAUCGCUUCGGGGCGAAUCCUUCCCAUCAACGAACAACUUACUUGUGUCUCUCGUCCUCGUUAUUCCUAUCGUCGCCCAGACCGCCCUCCUGAUCAAUAUCAGCUCGAUCUACACGUGGCCUGCGCUGUCCUCGGCGCGCCGCACGGCGGUGCUCCUUCCGCCUUUCCUGCUGAAGCUCGCACGCUUCGUUUUGCUCGGUUUAUGCAUAAACGAUGUGCACCAAAAAAGCCAGGAUUUGCGCCCUAGCGGGAUAUCUGCUGCGUCGUGGUUGGCCCUGUGGGGUAGGGAAUAUGCGCAGAUUCUAUGGGUUUUGCAGUCGGUGGACGACCUGUACUCUGCAGCUCUUCUGCUAUUUCACAGGCGGCGCGGAACCACAGGGUUCUUGCCUCGCCGGCGCUUCUCUCUUGGCAUGGCGACAGGAUCGUCCUUCGCGCUGCCCGUUUUCCUCGACAUCGCGCAACUCAUUUUUUCCUAUCUGCCCGCGACUGAUCCUCGCAACGGCCACUACGCCGCGCUCUACAUCGCCCUCGCCAACACCUACGCCGAGACCAUCAGUCUCCUCCUCGUCGCGCUCUGGCACCCCAGUCCCCCCACCUCCGUGCCGCGCACGUCUACACCCAUCCCAGACACCGCGGACCCGACGAGUGCCACGCGCUUCCUCUCCCCGCUCCCCGAGCACCCGCACAUCGAGUUCUUCCCCGCGAGCAGCAGCGGCGACUCCUCGCGGGACUCGGCGACGCUGCACGCCGACAGCGACUCCGCGCUGGGCGCGGACGCGGAGAAGCUGAAGAUCAUGGAGGUGUACCCGCAGGCCGCAUCGGUCGUGGCGCUCCCGCGGGGCGGCUGGGUGCUCGAGCCGUCGAUGUGCUCCUUCAAUGGGUCUAUCCAGACGGACGCGCAGGGCGAGCCAGUGUUCUACGCUGUGUAG